GAUGCUAAAUCGGGCAACUUUCUUUUGCGAGACAGUCAUCGAGGAGCAGCGUCUUCCUUCUGAGGAGAUCUGCACGUAAAAUGUACCUUCGGAUACUCUUAGCAGUGGCGGUGGCAUCCGCCGUCGUGAGUGGUGACGAUUCUGAGGAACUGGGCAUAGGUUCCCUGGAACAAGACACCGUUCUGUACUUCUCCAAUCCAACAGCCACGGAGGGAGAAGUGGGCAUUUCUAGUAAAGAUGGCUCCCUCUAUCACAAUAAUAACCAGGCACCUCGUCACGGAAUACAAGGUCAGAUUGUUGUUGGUGGUAUUCCCAUAGGUGCUUCCAUUGGUGGGAGGCCCAUAGGUGGAAGACCCAUAGGUGGUAGACCCAUAGGAGGUGGGUAUCCAGGGCAUGGAGGAUACCCAGGACAUGGAGGAUACCCGGGACAUGGAGGAUACCCGGGACAAGGAGGAUACCCGGGGCAUGGAGGAUACCCGGGGCAAGGAGGUCAUGGGGGAUAUCCUGGGCAAGGAGGAUACCCAGGCCAUGGAGGAUACCCAGGGCAAGGAGGGUACCCUGGACAUGGGGGAUAUCCAGGACACGGAGGAUACCCAGGGUCUGGUGGAUACCCAGGACAUGGAGGCUACCCUGGACAUGGUAGCUAUCCUGGGCAUUAUCCACAUAACUCCGACCGGCGUCCAGGUUUCUGUCCAGCGAGCUUUAGACACGUGUGCGUCUCCGUAGGGCUAGGAAGUGCCUCUGGCGUCCACUGCCAUAGAGACAGCGACUGCCCCAACUAUAGAGACAAAUGCUGCUUCGACGAGUGUCUGGAGAGGAAUAUCUGCAAACCUCCAGCAUAUCAAGGCAGCUAUGAGCCCUACGGCCGCAUGAAGUUCUUGGCAGCCAUUUGUCUGCUGAUGUGCGCGCUGGUCAUGGGUGAUGAAUUCACUGACCUCGAUGAACUUACAGAGCUUACGGAACUCGUGGACACUCGCAUAUCAGAUCUGGACAGCUUUACUUUUCAUAACGCUGGAGGAGGGUUCCCAGGAAAUCAUUUACCAGGCCAAGGUUUUCCAGGGCAAGGUUUUCCAGGGCAAGGUUUCCCUGGACAAGGUUUUCCAGGGCAAGGUUUCCCUGGACAAGGAUUCCCUGGACAAGGUUUUCCAGGACAAGGCUUCCCUGGACAAGGUUUCCCUGGACAAGGUUUCCCAGGACAAGGUUUCCGGCAAGGUUUCCCUGGACAAGGUUUUCCAGGACAAGGCUUCCCUGGACAAGGUUUCCCUGGACAAGGUUUCCCAGGACAAGGUUUCCCAGGACAAGGUUUUCCUGGAGGCUCAGGCAGUUGCAAAUACUGGUGCAGGACACCACAAGGUCAGGCCUACUGCUGCGAUCAAGGAAAUAAUGGUGGUGCAUUCCCAGCAGUACGAUCCGGAUAUUGCCCUCCAGUCCGCCCUGUCUGUCCUCCCACCCGAUUUGGGGGACCACCCAUUACCUGCGCCCAUGACAACGACUGCGCCAACUUCAGCGAUAAGUGCUGCUUCGACACUUGUCUAGAGCAGCAUGUCUGCAAACCCGCUCAAGGAUUCGGUUUUGGAAAGCGCUGAAAUCUUAUUACAUGGCUACAAUGUCCCACCCUUCUUCUAAAUGGCCUUAUACUUAUGUCCAUAUUGUUUCUAAUAAUUUACAGAUGAGAAGAAUGUGCGAGUGACUGUUAUUGUUGAUAACACUCAGGUUGUUUGCUUGUUGUCGCAAGUAUUUAUUUUGCUGUUAUUCUAAGAGUAUAAUUUAUUAAAAUAAAUGAAGAGUUCUGUU